AUUUUUUGCCGAGUACCCCAUGUCACUCAUCGAAGCCGUCACGCCUCGCGUCUCUUCACCGCCACUCCGAACAGCGAUCUUCUCCGUUAUGAUCUCAGCCCGCAGGUGCUCGACGACGACUCUUCUCGCAUGCUGCGCAGAGCCGCGAACCUGGUGAGCCCGCCCUCCCUCGAGCCUGGGGAUGCUGGCUCGGCGCGUCGUCUCGGACGCAAGAUCAGACGAAGUCUUCGCCGUAUCACACGUUCGAAGUCCCCAGCAAACAGCUCCCAUGCGCGAAACGGACGGUCACCCUCGAGUACAGACGACACGAUUCCUCAGGUACUGCAAGAGGGAGUGAUGCUGACGAAGAUUUCUGCGAAGAAGCAGAGAACAAUGCUCUUCCGCUUGGAUCCCACACGCGGGCAACUGAUUUGGGAGUCCAAAGUCACGAAAUACAUCUCGAUUGACGCUAUCCGCUACGUUCGCGCCGGCCCAGAAACCAAACUAUACCGCGACUCGUUACAAGUGUCGGAUCCCGAUUGCGAAGACCGUUGGAUAACGCUCAUUUAUAUGAUCAACUCCACCAACAAGACAAUGCACCUUCUUGCGCCGACCAAGGACAUCAUGGAUAUGUGGCUCGCAGGACUGCGCAAGGUCCACCUCCUCCAGACAGAGUUGAUGAGCGGCCUGACGCAAGGGGAACUACUGGAAGUGGUGUGGGAGAGGCAUUACUGGAACGGGAAGGGAUUCACCUUCGACGAUGUCGUGCGUCUGUGUGCUCGAUUGAAUGGGGGAUGGAACGAGGAAGAGGUGCAACGAUUGUUCCAACUUUCCGACUCGAGUUCACGUGGACUACUUGACAUUGACGACUUUAGUCGGUUCGCCAAGCUGCUCAAAGCGCGACCUGAUAUCGCACGAAUCUAUAAGCGAUUGGUCGGUGCCCGCCCGUGCUUCGACUUGGGGGUCUUCACAGAGUUUAUGGGGGUCCAGCACGACUCUCGACUGAGCCCUCUGCCAUUAGAGGCUCUUUUCGAGGCUUACGCGGACAAGUCUAUCUUGUCCGUUCCAUGCAUCUCGUUAGAAUCUUUCUCCGCCUUUCUCUUAUCGGCAGAUAACUCGUGCUUCGCCGAUGAGCCAGAGAAAGCACAGGAAAGCAAGUCUUCCCACCACCAUCACCACCACCAUCAUCAACCGCCUCCGAACACACUGGGCCUCAUGGUCGAGUCAGAGCCGUACGACGGAAUCUCCGGGACCGGGACAUCCCACGAGAUGACGCGGCCGCUUCCCGAAUACUUUAUCUCGUCUUCCCACAACACUUAUCUUCUCGGCCAUCAGCUGGUCGGGCAGAGCACCAUCGAAGGCUAUGUGCGAGCCCUUCAGGCAGGAUGCCGAUCUGUCGAGUUGGACAUCUUUCCAGGAACCCCAUCUCCGGUUGUGACGCAUGGCAACACUCUCACGACCAAGAUACCAUUACAGUUGGUCUGUGAAGCCAUCAACCAACACGCGUUCGAGACGUCACCCUAUCCCGUAAUCAUCUCUGCGGAGAUCCACUGCCCGGUCGCUCAGCAGGAGAUGAUCGCACAGAUCAUGUCGGAUGUGUUUGGGGAUAAGCUGGUGCAAGCAUCCAUCGAUUCUCGGCCCACCUUCGAUGAGCUGCCCAGUCCGCACGAUUUGCGGGGGCGCAUCCUAGUGAAGACGAAGAACAUCUACAUCUCGCGUGAUGAUCCGCUCGGGAUAGAUCUGCCCCGGGAUGUCAGCUACACUUCGGCUGAUUCCACGGCGGAUGAUUCAGAGCUGAAUGGGAACGAAUCUGAUAACAAGCGGGAGUCGCGUUUCUUCCGCAAAGCCAGUGACGCAAUUCAACGUGUCCGGAGUUCGAGUCGAGGACAAACAUCCCGCAGAGAGUCCUCCCCGUCUUCCAGCCACUCCGACAGCAAGCCAAAGAUGUCGCAGGCCCUGCUCGAUUUGCUGGUAUAUACGGUCGGCGUCAAGUACCGCGGGAUCAAUAAGAAAGAGGCGUAUGCGCCGCAGCACAUGUUCUCUCUCUCGGAGAACGCGGCCUCGCGCAUGGUCCGCUCAUCAGCCGUACUCGACCUCAUCAAGCACACCCGCACGCAUCUGGUGCGGAUAUAUCCGAAAGGGAUGCGAGUCAACUCGUCCAACUGUCUCCCGCAUCACUUCUGGAGCUCUGGUGCACAGCUCGUCGCGUUGAACAGACAGACUGUGGAUCUUGGAUCGCUGAUCAACCACGCGAUGUUCGCCCGCAAUGGGGGUCUCGGAUACGUGCUGAAGCCACGAGCACUGCGCCUGCCAAAUCAGAAAGAGCUGCUCAAUCAGAAGACCGAGUAUGUGCUGGAAGUCACCGUCGUGUCCGCCCAGCAGCUUGCGCCGCCCAAAGACUCUGCGUCGGACCUCUCCGUCGAAGUCUCGUUGCAUCUUCCAGACUGGACAGGGUUUCAGACCCAGCGAGGCUCCGCGCCGCCCUCCGCCGCCUCGAAUCCAACCUCCAUAACAAUGCGCACCUCCUCCUGCAAGCGAAACGCCUUCAACCCUGUGUGGGAGGAGAAGCUCCUGCUGCCAUUCAGCUGCAGGGGGGAUAUGACGGAGCUUGUGUUUGUGCGCUUUGCGGUCAAGCAGGACGGAAACAAGGACGACGACGACCCAUUCGCGCAGUACUGCACUUCCUUGGCCUGUUUGCAACAAGGGUACCGCCAUAUCCCGUUGCACGACACGCAGCUCUCCCAGUUUCUGUUUUCUACUCUGUUUGUCAAAGUCCGUUUGCGGCGGUUGUGAUGUGUUGCAGCUGCGUCGUGUUUAUGCUUAUACUUUCAAUUUUCGGGUCGUUCAUCCGUUUAUGUCGUCCAACAGCUUGUAUAAUUCAUGAUGAUCAUUGAUUUCUUCCUUGGCGGCUUGAAUUUUAGGGUAUCUGUCGGCUUGAUUCUUCAAUGCGCUUUCGCUCAGCUCAUAAUCACCGUGAACUGAGUUCGAUCUCAAUGUUCGACUUUUGCUGGUCGUUUGAUCAUCACCCAAGACGAGGAUCAAUCAGUGGUUGUAUAAGCUGAUGAACGACUCGUAUAUGGACGGAUGGACGGAUGAACGGAUGAACGACUUCGAAUUGAGCAGCUCUAGUGGAGUGGAGCAUCAAUUCUAGCGAUGGGGCUCCAAAUUAACUGAGAAUCUGUAGAAACUGCCUUGACACUUCAAAUUCUAGAUCGUUUAAUAU